AUGGCCAGAAGACUCGACAUGGGCGAAAACGUCGACACAGCAAUCCAGCGAAUAAUUGGGACGCACCAAGUCAAAUACGAGCCUGAGUUACCAAUCUGCACUACCAGUCUACACUAUGCGCAUGACCGUUUGUUCGCACUCUCACAUGCGCGCGCCGCCCAUGACGACAUCGUGGAGGCUAGCGUACAGGACCACUCGCCCCACUUCAACCAAAUAACCGCCGUGUACCUGGUCGGGAAUGGAAUCCUCCACUGA